UACUUGCCAGUGAAAUGGCCUCUUUUGGACGUCCCUGGAUCUGCAGGACUAAAAGACUCCCGUUCUCCAACACCAGGGCAUUUAUCCAAUAAAGUCCCAGUUGUGCAGCAUGCUCACCAUGUCCACCCACUGACGCCCCUCAUAACAUACAGCAAUGAACACUUCUCCCCCGGCACGCCGCCAUCGCACCUCUCCCCAGAGAUCCUCGAUCCAAAGACAGGUAUUCCUCGGACGCCUCACCCAUCGGAACUCUCUCCAUACUACCCCCUGUCUCCGGGUGCUGUUGGUUCCAUCGCACACCCUCUGGGCUGGCUCAUGCAACAGCAGGGCCAGCCCAUGUACUCCAUCUCUCCGGGGGGAUUCCGUCACCCCUAUCCAGCGCUAGCAAUGAAUGCAUCCAUGUCCAGCUUGGUGUCCAGCCGUUUCUCCCCUCACAUGGUGACUCCGCCUCCUCACAGCCUCCACCAGACAGGCAUUCCCCAUCCUGCCAUCGUCUCCCCAGCUAUCAAACAGGAGCCCAGUGGCGACAACAUUAGCCCCUCAAUGCAUGCCAGGAAAUCCCCCGUUCCUCCCAAGAAAGAAGAGGACAAGAGGCCUCAUAUCAAGAAACCCCUGAAUGCUUUCAUGCUGUAUAUGAAGGAGAUGAGAGCCAAAGUAGUGGCAGAGUGCACUCUGAAAGAAAGCGCCGCCAUCAACCAGAUCCUUGGAAGACGGUGGCAUUCCCUCUCAAGAGAGGAACAAGCCAAAUACUAUGAACUGGCCCGAAAAGAGAGGCAGCUCCACUCCCAGCUCUAUCCAGGAUGGUCAGCACGAGAUAACUAUGGAAAGCGGAAAAAGAGGAAGAGAGACAACAAACCAGACUCAAACCAGAAGCUUCUUCACUUUCUUUCAGACUUCUCGAUAAGAAACAAGAAGCAGUGCGUGCAGUACCUGCCCUCGGAGAAGAUGUGCGACAGCCCUGCGUCGUCUCAUGGCAGCAUGCUGGACUCACCAGCCACUCCCUCUGCGGCCUUGGCCUCCCCGGCUGCUCCUGCUGCCACUCACUCUGAGCAGGCGCAGCCACUAUCGCUCACCACCAAACCGGAGGGACGCAUGCACCACCACUUCUCCCUACCUGGGAAGGCUUCUGGAUCCUCCUCCUCUUCUUCCUCCUCCUCCUCAUCCUCCUCCCAACCCUCCAUCUCCAUCCCAAUUGGUACUUCAGGUAGCCAGUCGACCACACCCAUCCUCACCCGGCCAAUCCCCUUCACCUCUCUGCACCACUCAAUGCUCUCUCCCCCUUCCCCUUUCCAUCAGGCAGCCCUUCACUCCCAUCAUGCCCUGUUCCAGUCACAGCCCCUCUCCUUGGUUACCAAACCAACUGAAUGAAUCCGCAAAGGCAAUUUUUCCCCAUUUAUUGUGCUGUAUAUUGCUUUUCUUUUAAAUAGGUAUUAGAACAACUUUUUUUCUAAAUAAUGAAAAGGAAGAAAUAUUAUUGGUCAAUAUUUGACUGUCUCCUUUUCUACAUCUCUGAAUGAAAACAAAAUGUAUUUUUUGUAAAGUUUACUGCAGAACUGGUUUCUUUUUGAUGCAUUUAUCCAAUGAACCUCUUGUAUAAAACAACCAAUGUACAUAGUUUCUUUAAAAAACAAAAAGGAACAAAAACAUGUUUUCUUUUUAGCCAAAACUGAUUAAUGUUAGUAUAAAGUUUAAGUCAUAGUACUUGCCAAUAAUUGCAGCCCCCUUUUCAAUUCACGAGUGUGUGCCCCUUCUUUGACAUGUUAAAUAAACAUUUGAAAUUGUUUCUUAAAA